AAUUAUGUGUCUCUUACGUUAGAGCGGUAACCCUAAAAAACUGUAAGAUCAAAAUAAUAAACAAUUGAAAUAUUAAAUAUCAAAUAAAAUAUUUCAUGAAAUAAACAUAAAAUGAAGACUGAUAUAAGAAUAUAUGAAUGUAUCUGCUUCAUUAAAAUUAGUAAUAAUUCUCUUGUUGAAAAAGGAAAACUCAAUUACCAAACACUAGUAAAAAAAAAUGAAUCGAUAUCAAAAACGUCGUUUAGUUUUUAUUGUCGCUGGUAUAUUAUUAAUUUAUUUUAUAUUUCUAAGAGGAUACAAUGAAUAUAAAAUAGAAGGUGUAAUCAAAAAUGCAAAAGCAGAAGAUGUAUGGGAAUAUGCUGCUGACUUUAGUAAAAUGAAACUUCUAAAUCCUACAAUCUUAGAUUUUAGAAUAACGGCUGAUGCUGGUACUUAUGAUCACUGGACUUAUUCUGUUGUAUAUAAGGAAAAACUUUCACAUUGGCCCUAUUGGAUAAAUGUGGGUUAUGCAGAUUAUGUUGUACGAAAAUUUCCUAAAUCUGUUGGAGAAACAAUGGUUAUUGAUUCAAAGCAUAAAACAUGUUUUCUAGCUGGAUUUUAUUGCCUUUAUAGUAUAGGAGAACAAAAGUUUGAAAAUAUAAAUCAAAAAGAUACAUAUUAUAUGGAAAGUGUACAAUAUCAAUGUCCACCACUAAUGGGAAAAUAUUGUAAAGAAGAAGUUGAAUUUCAGAGAAAAGCUAUAAUGCAUAAUUUAACAACACAAUUUUCGCAAACAUAACAAAAUCAUCAAUAAUUUAAAUUAUUGCAAGUAAAUUAUCAAUAAUUUAAUUACAAGAUCUUUGUAUUGUAUGCAUGUAUUUAUAUUGAGAAAAUAUAAAUUUCUUUAUUAAAAUAAUUCAUAAAAUGUAUUCAGAA